AUGCCGUCGACGCAUAAUGUGGACAAGCCCUGGGACACAGAUGACAUAGACAAGUGGAAGAUCGAGCCCUUCAAGCCUGAAGACAACAAGGCGGGCGCCUUUACCGACGAGUCCCGCUUCAGCACCCUCUUUCCCAAGUAUCGCGAGCAGUACCUCAAAGGCUCAUGGAAGUUCAUCACACAAGCGCUGCAAAAGCUCGGCAUCGGAUGCGAGCUCAACUUGGUCGAGGGUUCCAUGACAGUAUGGACGACACAGAAGACUUACGAUCCAGCGGCAAUUCUGAAUGCGCGCGAUCUCAUAAAGCUGCUUGCUCGAAGCGUACCUGCUCCACAAGCUAUCAAGAUUCUUGAAGACGACGUAGCCAUGGACAUUAUCAAGAUACGGAACCUGGUGGGCAACAAAGAACGAUUCGUCAAGAGGAGACAGCGUAUUUUGGGGCCGAAUGGAUCGACGCUCAAGGCGCUGGAAUUGCUUACCGAGUGUUAUCUACUGGUACAGGGAAACACCGUGGCGUGCAUGGGCCCGUACAAGGGACUCAAGCAAGUGCGGCGCAUUAUCGAGGAUACAAUGCACAACAUCCAUCCCAUCUAUGCCAUAAAAGAGCUCAUGAUCAAGAAAGAACUUGCCAAGGAUCCCGAACUCGCCAACGAGAGCUGGGAUCGCUUCCUGCCAAAUUUCAAGAAGCGCUCUCUCAGCAAGCGUCGCGUGCCGCACAAGGUCAAUGACAAGUCGAAGAAACCGUACACGCCAUUCCCACCGCCUCAAGAGAAGAGCAAGGUUGACUUGCAGAUCGAGAGCGGAGAGUACUUCUUGGGCAAGCAUGCGAAGGAGAGGAAAGCACGGGAAGAGAGAGAGGAGAAGAUGAAGGAAAAGAUGGAUGCAAAGAGGAAAGAGAGGAUGGCCGACAUCAACGACACGCUCUGCGUCUACACCGACGCCUCCUUUGCCGAUAAUCGCGGCAUCUCCAUCUUCACCACGCGCAAGCUAGCCCAGGAAUUCGCCUCUCUGCCCGCCUUCCGCGACCCCCUGGCCCUAAAACCCGAGGCCAUCAAUGAAGACACACAUGCCUACCACACCACUUCGAUCGCGGAAAAAGGCAUAGGCAUGCUUGCAUCGCGGCCGCUGAAAUUCGGAGACCGCGUGACUGCCUACACGCCGGCAUUCGUCGCGUACCUGGAAUCCGAGCUCUCGACGCUGGACCGUGAGGCGUUGUGGCGCACGGCAAUUGAGCAGCUACCCGUGCACCUCAAGGACAAGUUUCUCAACUUGGCGACUGUGUACGGGGACCCCAGAGUAAAAGUGCAGGAUGUCGUCAAGGCGAAUACGUUCCAGGUCAUGAUUGGGGGCGUGAACCAUUUGGCUGUUUGGCCCGAGACGAGUCGGCUGAAUCAUGCGUGUGCGCCCAAGUGA